CUGUUUAGUUUAGUUUUUGAGUGUGGAUGUUGAGGUUAUGUUUGGAAAAAUGUAGUGAUUAGUAUUUAUCUAUUUUAGUUGAUUUUAAAAGCAUUAAAAUCAUGGAAUUCAAUGAAAAGUUUGAUUUUUCAGGAAGAGUUUACUUUAGCUACUUGCUAGAUGCAGUUGUCAGUGCUCGUCAAACUAAAUAUGAUGUAAUAUUGAAUAUUGAUGACAAUAAAAUACACUGUCAUAAAUCAAUACUUUGUCAUGAAUCUGAAUUCUUUCUAUUGAUGUUCACUACAGACAUGAUGGAGAAAAAGCAAGAGACAAUAUCAUUGAAGGGCAUUAGUUACGAAGCCACUAAGAGUGUAAUCGGCUUCCUAUAUACAUGUGAACUAGUUGUACCACCGAACGAGAUGUGUGAAAUUGUCAGACUGGUUGACAUGUUCCAAAUACACAUCCUAAGGCCGGUGUGCGCCGAAAUUCUGCUGAAUUCUUGCACUGUCAGCAACCUGAUCAGCAUCAACUGUCUGGCCGCACAGUACCGCUACCACGAUGUUGCUGACGAGGCGUUUUCGCUGAUCUUGCAGGACUUCACCGAGCUGAUCAGACAGCCUGAGUUCUUGGAGGCGUCCUUCGAAUUGGUGCUCAGCAUUUUCACAGCAGAGUGCUUGUGUCAUUCUAGCGAGAACGAGUGUAUAAGGGCGAUUCUCAACUGGAUACAGUACGACGUUAACACGAGGCAUGUGCAUUUAGUCGACCUGUUAGAGCAUGUAUUGCCGUUCGAGAUAUCGUGCUGGAAUGAGCUGGAGGCCAGAGCUUACAUGCUGGAGGCGCACGGUGACUCCCUCGAUGUGUUCAACAACUGGAUUGCACGCGGCAGAAAGCACUCCAACGAAUUCCGCAGUGAACAAAUCAGGAAACGCGGCAAUCGACUGCAAAAAGUGUGUGUAGCAGUGGGUGGCCUAGAGGGCAAGCACAUGGAGGUGAAGGUUCCGCGGGGGGCGGACUGGGGGCCGUACAUCAACUACCUGCACACCGCCUCCGUCCCCGCCGAAGUUAUGCUCCACCCCCACAAGUGGCCCGCCUAUGCCUCCCGCCAGCGUCUGCUCUAUGUCAUCGGUGGCAGACUUUAUGUGGAAGGGGAACCCUACAUCGUGGAGGUGUUCGAUAUAAUGAAGAACACGUGGACAGAGCUGCCUCAUCUGCCAACGGCGGUCGACUGUGCUGCAGCAGUCUGUGUGGACCACAGGAUUUAUCUCACUGGAGGUUACAAGGCCCACCGAUCUGAUUUGCAAGUCACCGACAAAGUCUGGUUCCUAGAUACUGACGGCCAGGGAAAUGUAGUUGGCAAUGAAUGGAAAGAGGGUCCCGCCAUGUCGGUGGGUCGAGCUUCCCAUGCUCUCAUUAACAUCAAUGGCAUAUUAUUCGCCAUCGGAGGUGUUGACGCAGCCACGGAGGCAACCAACCACGUUGAAUGCCUGCUUCCGGGCAACAACCAGUGGAUGCCGAUGCCUGGUCUGCUGGAGAAACGGGCGCACUUUGCGUGUGUCGCCUUUCAGAAGAAGAUCUAUGUGAUGGGUGGCGAACGUAAGGUGCCGUCAACUGAUACUAACAGCUCUGGCAACAUCUACUGGGAGCAUAUGCACACGGUUGAGAUGUUCGACACAGAAUCGAGCAGCGACUCAUGGCAGUACCGCAGUCGUAUGCGACCGGGCCAAACGCGUUCUGCCGCAACCGUCAUCGACAACCGCAUCUACGUGGCAGGGGGACUCAACGACAGUGGACGUCUCGGCCUGGCACAAAUGUACAAUCCGGCUACCAACAAUUGGCACGCAAUCACCAGCAUGAAGUUCAACCGCAGUCAUUUGGGACUCGCUACUCUUAAUCUUUACUAGAACCUGAGUGUACUUUCAUUCCUAUGUUCCAUAUAUACAGACUUUUGGUGGAAUAAAUUGGACAUUCAACACGACAAAAACAUCGCAACUAGUUUGGAAGUUGCAGACGAACCACUAUCGCAUGUGGGAUGUGGGAGCGACUAUUCUCCAUCUAUGUUACCACAAACGCAGCGCACUGAUACUUCCACAUGGCGUUGCGCGCUGUGGUAGCGAUUAUUUCCCUUGCGAUUGUGGUACCACUGGUUUAAGCACUACGCUUCUCCUAGCUUCUGUACCACAAUCGCAGUCGCUGUGAUAGUGUUCCCUCGAAUUUUUUGUCCCAUAGUAAGGUCCAUGUUAUUAUGGCAGUAUUUGAUUAACAAUGAUGUUGCUUUCCUCAUGAAGCGUUUAUGAAGCUUAGAGCCUGUUCACAUGACAGCGAUUUACGCUCGGUUGUCGCGCGGUUGACCAACCGAGCGAUUGCCAGGUAUAGGGAAACACAUGGUGCCGUACACAUGCAACGCUCGGUUUUAGUAGUCGCCGGCGAAUUGCGGCGGUUGUAGUCUCCAGUCCAACCGCUCGGUUGUCGCUCUGUUGCCGGGCGGCUCGAUAUACUAGAGCAGGCUUGAGAGCGUACACAUCUUUUCAGUCAACCGAGCAGUUCAUAUAGUGCACAUUCUAUUACAAUUUCAGUUCAAUUAAAAUGUAUUCUAUUACAAUUUUCAGUUCAGUUAGUAAGUUCAGUUUAAGUUAGUUUGUAGAGGAUCAUAGUUCAUAGCAGUAUGUAGUUCAGUUUAGUUUCAAGUAGUUCAUAGUAGAAAUAUGGAAGUAGGCGUAGAAUCCUUUGACACUGAAUUGUUUAUCGAUGAAGUGGCGAAAAGAAAGUGCAUUUGGGACAUGGAGUGCUCGGAGAACAGGAAUAGAGCUCUGAAAAGGUCUGCUUGGCAGGAGAUAACCGACAUUUUUUCAAAGAGCAGCAGUUCACAGGAGCAAAAAACAGCCUUAGGUAUACUAGGGUUAGUACCUAUAUAGCUAGGGCUAGUACAUAAUUUCAUUAGUAACACCAGCAUGAUAAUAUUUUACACACAGUAAUUGACCGAGCGAAGUGAGGUCUAAGAGUCGACGGUUUGGCAU